UUUAUUAAAGUGAUUUCAGAAAAAAAGAAAAAAGAAAAGGCUCUGCUACAUCGUUAGUACUGAGAUGGCAUCCCAAUCCAAUAGAAAGAAGAAACCUGUGUCCAAAUCGUCAUCUUCUUCGCCCUCUCUCUCUCUCUCAUCACACCAGUUGACAUGCUUGGUGCAUCUCACUCAACUAUUUGGCGGCGAUUGAUUGGGGUUUAAAAAAGAUAGAUGAGGGGAUAUCAAUUGAUAAGCACUUCACAGAAGCUUUGAUUGAGACAUCACCAGCCUUCAUUUCCACUACCUUUUCAAAGCUCCGUCAAUGGCAUACUUCAACCUCUCUUUCCUCGCCCUCCUCCUCCUCCUCCUGCCCCCACUCGCUCUCCUUCUCAUCCUCUACCUCAUAGUCCGGCCCCGCUCUGUCAAGAUCCCAAUCAAGAACCGCCACGUGUUUAUCACCGGAGGUUCCAGCGGAAUCGGGCUGGCAUUGGCCCAUCACGCCGCCUCCGAGGGUGCCCGAGUCUCCAUCCUCGCCCGCUCCGUCGACAAGCUCGAGGAAGCAAAGAACAACAUCCAACUCUCCACGGGCAUUGACGUGUCGAUCUUCUCUGCUGACGUUCGUGACUACGAUGCAGUAUCAAAAGCGGUGGAGGAGGCAGACCCCAUUGAUGUGCUGAUUGUCAACCAAGGGGUCUUCGUCCCUGAAGAACUCGAGAAGCAGGGAUUGGAUGAGGUGAAGUUCAUGGUGGACGUAAAUCUGAUUGGCAGCUUCAACAUGAUCAAAGCUGCUUUGCCCAAAAUGAAGAAAGGAGACAGUAUACCCCGUUCGAUUGCUCUCAUGUCUUCCCAAGCUGGUCAAGUUGGUAUCUACGGCUACACAGCUUACUCUGCGAGCAAGUUUGGGCUUCGUGGGUUGGCCGAAGCUCUGCAACAAGAGGUGAUAUCUCAUGAUAUUCAUGUUUCUCUUAUAUUCCCUCCGGACACAGACACCCCUGGUCUCACAGAAGAGAUGAAAAAGCGGCCGCAACUGUCUAGGAUUAUAGCAGAGUCAUCAGGGAUGAUGAAAGCUGAAGAAGUUGCAAAGAAGGCUUUUAAGGGGAUCAAGUCUGCUGCUUUUAUUGUGCCUUGUAACCUUGAAGGGGCGUUGCUGUCUAUUGCCACUGCUGGGAUGUCUCCUCAGAGAUCGUUUGUUAUGGCAUUUGUUGAAGUGGUUGCUGCUGGUUUGGUUCGUCUUGUUGCUCUGUUUUUUCAGUGGAAUUGGUAUAAUGGUAUACACACGUGGCAUGCACAGAACAAAAGGGCCUGAACUUGGUGAUGUGGGAGCAUCUAUUAGACUUUCCUAAUCUAAGUGGGCAUCAACCAAUAAGGCUAAGUUUUAGUUAUAUUAAAUUAAUAGGCUUUUAUGUUACUUGUUUUCCUAUUUGUACUAGGAUUUGGUUUAAUUACCUGUUUAUGUUUUUAAUUCCUAUGUCAAUUAGGUUUUCUAUAUUCUAGUAUAAAUAGGCUGUUAAGAGGCUCUUGUAUUUAGUUUUUGUUGAUGAAUAUAAUUUCAGACUUUAGUCUUUAAAGUUUCUGUUGGGAUUGUGCCCCAGAACUCAA